CGCGCCGUGUCCCGUGUCGCUGAGGCUCUCGCUGCCGGUUCCGACGAGGCCGAUGGCUCGGAGCGCUCCAACCCUGAGGAGAACGACGACGAGCUUUUCCAGGAUGUUCGGCAGCGCGGGCGUGCAGCCGUCAAGGUCCUGAAGGUCGAUGCGAAGCCGAAGGCGAAGCCGUCGGGCAAGUUUCGCGUCUGCGGCCGAUCAGGCUGCUCCAAGAAGGAGGCGGCCGACAUGCGGUUCCCAGAUGCGUCGAUCGCUGCGCGCGGGAGGUGCUACUACCCGUGGGAGUGGGCCUGGAAGGAGAAGCAUCCCAGCUGGCCGAAGUUUUGCCAGCAGCUCAACCAGGAGAAGACCUUGAACGACCAGUUCGAGGUGUCCGCGGAGUGCGCGGAGGACGCGCGCAACAGGGCCUUCGACGAGGAGAGCGUCGACAUCGUCUCGCGAUGCUGCUUCGGGAUGGCGCACCACUUCAGGGUUUGGAAGCAGCAGCCCUUUCGCGAGGCCACCUCCGUGCCCGCUGACGUCGAGCCCAAAGAUCUGAAUCUCAAAGCUUCAUCGAUCAAGUUCCCUUCGGGCGCUAGCGUGGAUGGGCAUGUGACGGUGAACCCUGACAAGCCCUUCGUCGACGUGGACAGGAUUGAGGAGUACUUCGUCGAGAGGCGUUCCCAGUCGCUCACCGAGGCGCGCCAUGUCCUCAGGGAUCAGGGGAAAAAGAUGUUCAAAGCCGAGAUCUCGACGCUCAAGGCCAAGAUGCCCACCGCCAUUCGCGGCAGGACCACCCCUCCGACGCUGGGGUCCAUCGCGUUUGAGGCCAAGGUGAAGAGCGACGGCAAGGGGGGCAUCCAGCCUCAGCAGCAUCCAGGCGGCUGCCCUUUCGUUAACCAGGGCAGCCGUGGGCAUGCUGCAGGCAGUGUGGCGGACAGUCUCCCAGCAUCCGCGCCCGAGGACUCUGGCGGCGGCGUCGCGGCCGCGGGUCUGCAUGAUCUUACCAGAGACGCCGCGGGCCGCGGCGAGGGCGCUGGCGACAGCAAGAGCCAGACCCAGGACGAGAAGGACCUCCAGGGGCUGCAGGUGGAUUCAUCGAAGCCUCCGAGUGGCAAGGCCGCCAGCUCCGCUGGUGGCAUGGAGGCCUUAUCGAAGCCCAGAUCGCCAGCGGCUGUCGACGAGAUGGAGAGGAUCAGGCAGCUCGAGACCGAUUGCGACAUCGCGAAGAUCUUGGAGGGCUACAAGCUCGGCGAUGGGGAGUACGCCGUCACACGCUUCAGCCCGAAGCAGCCCAAUGCCAAGGAUAGGAAGGACGCGCUGAUCGAAGUCAUCGAGACGGCGAAGCAGAUUUCCACGCACAACAUGCACAACCUCAGGGGCAAGAGCGAUUUGGAGACGAAGUACAUCAACGAGCUGAAGAAAAUCAACGUGAAUUUCCAGAGCUGUCCGAAGUGGUGCCGCACUCUGGUUUCAGAGACCCUCCAUGCCAACUUAGACUUGGAUGCAGUGUGGGGCAUCAUCAACCCGUUCGCUGAGGCGGAAGAUGGCCUUGCUCAAUUCGACCCUGCUUGCCCGAAGCUCUCGGGAGUUGCCGAUGAACUGGAUGUGAUCAUCAAUAUCGCAAGGGACCACGCCUUGAACUACCUGCUCAUCCCGAUCAUCCAGAAUAAGACCGAUCAGCUGGAUACUGCCAAGGGGCUCCGAAGCACCUUGAGGGAGUUUGUUCGUGCUUCACCUGGGCUGCCACAGGAGAUCAAGAAGUUCUACAAGGGCAUGCAGGCCGUGGCCUCCAUCGGGGUCGACUUGGCUGACUUUCGGAAGAUGCUCCACGGCGACUAUGACAAGGAGUGGUCGUCGUUCGCUCGCGCUUUGGACUCGGACGAUUACUGGAGGCAGGAGAAGAUAGAGUGGCGACGCGCUUCUCAAGGUGACCUGCAGGAGAUGGAGAAUAUAACGAUGACCAGGCAGUCGCUCGAGGGCGAGGUCUCCGACGUCACGGUGUUCACCAAGACCCAGUUCAUGGGCCGUCACGCCAUGCUAACGGACGAGGAGAACGCGCCGAAGAUGGACCGGUUCAACUCCUUGCCCACAGGCCUGCUCGAGCUCGACAACUGCUUCUCGAAGGGCGAGGCCCGUGAAGGGGUCACCAGGACUUUCGGGCCUCGGCUGCGCCGCUUAGUGGAGAGGGUUCGGGAGCUGCAGUCUCAGGUGUCCAAGUCUGUCUCGUCGAGCGCGAUUUUGCAGGCCUUGCAGAAAGCGGCGGUUGUCGAGGACAUGAGCGCUCAGGCGAAGAUCGUCAAGACCGAGCUCGGGCAGUUGGGAAGCGUCAGGUUCUCCGACCCACCACACCUGAGCAUCAUAUUCAAUGCUGUGGACGCCAUGGCCGCUACCGCAUGCAAUAACAUCAAGAUGGAUGCGGCGACAGAUAUCGACGACUUUCUCGUUGACGAGGUGGCCGACAUGUUGGAGCUAACCACGAAGGUGUGCGACCUAGCGGAGUGCGACGACGAGGGGCAGCGCAUCAACGGCGUUGCUCGCCGCGUGAAGCUCAUGACGAUUGUCUUGAACACGACUCGCGCCCUCAAGGAGCUGGUGCAAUUCGGAAAUGCAGUUGAGCAGGUUUCAAACACGGAGGGCACCAAAGCAUACCAGUGCCUGAAGGGCACCGUCGGGGAUCUCAAAAAGAUGUGCAGCCUGAUGGAUGGCCAGCCUGGAGGGACCCACGGCAACUUCAUCAGCGUCGCUCAGAUCAAAGACAAGUUCGAGUACUUCUUGGCCACGGCGGCGGGCACGACACUGUCCUUCGAGAGUGCCGACAUCGACUCUACCCUCGCCGACGCCACCGAGUAUCAGAACAGGUUGAAAUCCAUCGUCAGUUUUGGCAACGUUGUGGGCCCCGCCAUCGCGGUCCUGGAGAAAGCCAUCACCAACGUCCGCGACACCUGCGAAUCCUACGAGCAGGACGGCAAGUGCGACGAGAUCGUGAGGGCAAUGGAGAAGACGAUCCACCUGGCAAGGCUCACGCAGAUGGAGGCCGCCGCCAUCCAGAAGAUUCGCGAUAACGAGAGCUCCAGUACUGAGGUGAGGGCCACGGCCAUCCAGAACGUGCUGGACGUUCUCCCAGAGAACGGCAUCGCCCAGAACGAGUUCCACCUGGCGGUGCAGAAGAAGCUGAACGAGGCCAUGCGGGCCU